AAGAGCCAAACGAAGAAGACCAACCAUGUGCAACUGCUGACUCUUCACGUCACUUCACUUCACUUCACUUCACUUCCCUUCUCUCUCCACUGCUCUGUUGCCUGCACGCUUUCCUUUCCCUCAGUUUUUGCCGUUUCCGCUUCCACACCAAUUCCUGCCUGAGUUGAGGAGGCUGAACGCUCUGAGAAUGCCCAAUCAGCUUCCCAGCACUCAUUGAAGGGAUGGAUUGAUUGAUUUCAUUCCAUGGUGCUUUCUGCCCUCCAUGACUCUACUACCAACCUGGUCUGCACCAUUCGAUCUGAAGAAGACAAAAGAUAGUGGGUUGGUGUUCAUCUUCCACGUCGUUUAGAUCGUGUUAAAGCUUCUUCUAUUUGAUCUUCUCUUGGUGUUCGUGGAGAUCAGAGCUUGGCCUUAUGAAGAGCAGUGCUGUGGUGUUAAGAAUUCUUGUGGUUCUUGCAACACUUGGCCAGUCCUCAUGGCCAACUGUUGCAAUGGCCAGCUCAUACUGCAAGGAGAUGGCAACGAGCACCGCGGAUCGACCUCACAGUGUCACCGUGACGGAGUUUGGUGCCGUGGGGGAUGGUGUCACACUGAACACCAAAGCAUUUCAGAAUGCUAUCUUCUACCUUCAUUCAUUUGCAGAUAAGGGCGGCGCACAACUAUUUGUGCCUGCCGGAAAGUGGCUGACGGGGAGUUUUAGUCUCAUCAGCCAUCUGACUCUCUCGCUGCACGAGGAUGCAGUAAUAAUCGGGUCCACGGACCCUGUUGAUUGGCCGAUCAUCGAUCCAUUGCCUUCCUACGGCCGCGGUAGGGAGUUUCGCGGUGCAAGGCAUCAGAGCCUCAUUCAUGGAUCUAACUUGACUGAUGUGAUCAUUACAGGUGGCAAUGGGACUGUUAAUGGUCAAGGCAGUGUUUGGUGGGACUGGUUCAGGAACCACACUCUCGAUUACACGCGACCGCAUCUCGUAGAACUGAUGUAUUCGACCGGAGUGAUCAUCUCAAAUCUCACCUUCAUUGGUUCACCAUUUUGGGCCAUCCACCCUGUAUAUUGCAGCCAAGUUCUCAUCCAGAAUAUCACAAUCCUUGCACCAUCAGAUUCGCCGAACACAGAUGGGAUCGAUCCAGAUUCUUGCAAUAAUGUCUGCAUUGAGGACUGUUACAUCGACACCGGCACUGAUCUCAUCGUCAUCAAAAGUGGAUGGGAUGAGUAUGGCAUUGCCUUUGCUCAUCCAAGUGCCAACAUCAGCAUUCGACAUAUCGUUGGAGCAGCUCACUCUGGCGCAGGCAUUGCCAUUGGCAGUGAGAUGUCGGGCGGCAUUUCAAAUGUGCAGGCAGACGACAUCUCUUUGUUCAACUCCUUGUAUGGAAUCAGAAUAAAAACAUCACCUGGGCGCGGAGGAUAUGUCAAGUACAUUCACAUUACCAACAUUGUCAUGAACAAUGUCGAGACAGCCAUCGGUAUAACCGGACAACACGGUGACCACCCGGACGACGAAUAUGAUCCAAAUGCUCUUCCGACUAUUGACAUGAUCACCAUAGAAGACAUUGAAGGAACAGAUAUUAAGUAUGCUGGCCUCUUACAGGGUAUUCAAGGGGCUAACUUUAGCAACAUUUGCUUAUCGAAAGUGCACCUCUAUGUGAGUUCAAAGUCUCCAUGGAACUGUUCUUAUAUCGAAGGCUUUUCUAACUCAGUUUCUCCAGAACCAUGCGAAGCACUCGACAAACCCUAUCAAGCAUCACUUUGUUACACAUCAGAGCAUUUAGAUCAUAAGAAUCUGGUGCAAAUUCUUUGAGUUCAGUAAGCAAUCGUUUACAGUGUCUGAUACAAGGGAUUGUUUUUGUUUUAUGUACCAACAUGUUUGUGUUUAGCUUCCCGCGGAGCUUGGUGAUGUUGUUUCGAUCGAAAUAGUUGAAAGAGCAUGUGAAGACCUUGCCGGAGAGGAAGCCGCUGCUUGUUUCAAUUGUAUGAUUAUAUACGCGAAUGAGUGAUGUAAACAUGGCAAUUUUUUCGCAUGUUUCUUGCCUUUGUUUGUUCAUUA